AUGGCAGAUAACGCAAGGCCGUCUCCUGCACGUGACAUCUCGACAGACCACGACCUCGAUCAGCCUGGCUCGGAGCGGCCAUCCAAAAAGCCAAGGGUCUUUCUAGCUCGGCAGGCCUGCGAGAGCUGUCGCGCCAAGAAAACCCGAAAGGAAGAGUCGUUUGGGACAGUUCUGGGAUUCUUGAAGCGGAUCGAGACAAAAGUCGAGAACCUCGCGGCGGCGCAGGACCCCAAACUGCCACCCGCACCACCACCUCAUGCACCGCCUGCGGAAUCUCAAAACUCCCUGGACAGCAGCAGCAGAGAUCCCUUGGGCAACACGCCAGGUUCCCAGCGUCAGGAUGGCCAAGCCGGGACACCCAACAUUGACCUGCGUACGCCGACUGUCUCGGGGGGCAGCGUCUACCUGGACGACGGCCCGGACAAGACGCCCUUUCCAUUCAGCGCCCAUGCCAUGCUCGAGUGGGAACCCGUGCGAGCAUUUCUACCGCAGGAGAUUAUGAAUCUCUGCCAUCGGCACGGGUGGCCAGACUAUGCCACAGCCCUCGAGAAGGAGCGGGACCCCAUACCGGGCCUUCGCACCCCUACGAGCCACAUUGAUCCGCUCAGCACCUUGAGCAUUUCGACGGUCCGGAACCUGUGCGAGGCCUACUUUUGCUCAUUCAAUCUCGCGUACCCCGUCCUGGACCGGGACUUUUUCGAGGCUCGCUCGCUCGCCAAGGCCGUCACGGGCGGCUUCGGGUACGACAUGGAGAGCUGCGUCGUCCUGGUCGUGAUGGCCCUGGGCUGCUGGGGCAUCAGAGCCUUGGAGGAGGCUGGCUUUCACGACGGGAGUGUGCGCAUGGGCACGUUGAGCACGGCGCAGUAUAUGCAGGAUGGCAUCGAGGGGCUCGUCUUCUUCAACGAGGCGAGACGAAGGAUCGGGCUCUUAUCGAACGAUCAUGGGCUGCAGAACUGCCAGUUUCAUCUGUUGUCUGGAAUCUACUAUUCCUCGCUCCUGAGACCGGUCGAUUGGUGGGAGAGUAUGUCGCGCGCCGCCAAUUGCUGCAUGCUCUACUACGGAAACAACCAGACCAGCGACGCGAGCGAAACCUCCAGAGACGCUUCCUGGACGUCGGACAUGCAAGGCCGUCUAUUCUGGAUCACAAUCAUGCUCGAGUCUGUCGUGACGGAGGAGCUGGCCCUGCCACACAGCCGUCUCGAUACGUUCCGCGACCGUGUCCCCCUGCCUAGGUUCAUUGAGCUGCCGCGCGCCGACCUAAUGACGGCGGGCAGCAGCAACCAGUACCAGCAUGCAGGCUCGGACGCGAAGCAACAGGCGCCUGAUGUGUACUACCACUUUCUCUCCCAGGUCGCCGUCCGGAACCUGACCACGCGCAUCAAGGAAGCACUCUACUGCUCACAUCUCUCCGGAAACUAUCCCAGUCCCGGUCUUGACGCCGAGCUGUCGCAGCAGCUCGAACGCUGGAGGGAGCAUUUGCCCUGCACAUUGAACGCGGACGUAGAGUUUGCUUCCAGCCCCCCGAGCUGCCCGCGCGACGUUCUCGUGUCGCCCCUGAUUCGGGCCCGCUACCUUGUUUUGCGGUGGCACCUCUGUAGACCCGUCAUCCAUCGCAUGCUCUCCUUCCCUGAGAAAAGGACGACGAGAGACAUUGAACGAUGCAAAGACGCGCUCCUGACCGCCAUGAAAUGGCUUCACGUCGUGCGCGAACUAUGGCUCAUGAAGAGCUGCAUGCCAAUCAGAUACCCCUUCUGCUCGCAGCUCUUUGGCCAGAUUGUCCUUGUGUACUGUCUUCGGUUUAUCGAUGACGGUGCUCUUGCCGUCGUCCUCCCAGACGGCUAUCAGCAAUGGACCCUCGCCAUCCUGGAGCUUGUCAAGGACUGUGCGCCCUUUAGCCCGUCUUUGUACCGCGACAGCCAGAUUGCGGAGAUGAUGUGCAGCCGGUUGCAGGAGCCUUGA